UUUUCGUAAAUUUAUUCUAAAAUUUAUUUGUGUAAAAAAUUUUGUAAUAAAAAAUUAAGUAACACAUUUAAUUAAGAUAAUUAAAAAAUUAGAGCAAACGUUCAUUACUUGCACUGAUAUACAUAUAGUUUAUAUAUAUAUGUAUACAUAUACAUAUUUUGUAUAUAUAAUAGAAUCAAACAAUAUACAUAUGUGACACGGAACAAAGUCGAAGUCUGUAUUACUCGUCGGAAAUAUUCGUAAUCUGAGAGUGGACAUGAUUUUAAAAUGCGCUAUUUUCCGAGAAUAUAACCCCAGUUGUCUCGAAAAGUGGAUGUAGCCCGGACCACAAAUUGUAUACCCUCAGUGCAGAAAAGUGAAUGUUUUUAUGUAGUUUACAUCUACUUCUUCAGGGGGCAUUAGUGCAUUUUGAGGUACAGGCGAAAGCCGACAAUGCCGACAUGCCUCUCUUAGGUUAGUUGAGAAAUUUAGAAGAAACUGUUGUUCGAGAGGAAGGUAGCGAAAGUACACCGGAGCCGCGGGGCACGAUGACGAACACAGGAGCGAAAAUGUUCGCGAGAGUAACGUUUUACCCAACCCUAUUUUAUAACGUCGUUAUGGAAAGGAUCACCACUCGGAACUGGUACGAUAGGAUAGACGAGACUGUUAUACUGGGCGCAUUACCGUUUCGGCGAACAACCAAACAGUUGAUCGACGAUGAAAACAUCAAGGCUGUCGUGUCUAUGAAUGAAGAUUACGAGUUGUCUUUAUUGUCUAACACAGAGAAGGAAUGGCGCAAGCACAAUGUCGAAUUUCUGCAGUUGUCUACAACGGACAUCUUUCAAGCACCGUCUCAGGAAAAGCUACAGGACGGUGUUAACUUCAUUAAUAAAUUCCGCAAUGUAUCGAGCAGAAAAUUAGGCAACACAGGUACCGUCGAUGGUCACAACGAACCUGGCACGGUCUACGUUCAUUGUAAAGCGGGAAGAACAAGAAGCGCAACGUUGGUUGCAUGCUACUUAAUAACAAAAAACCAUUGGACACCUGAGGAAGCGGUCGAUUACAUGCGAACGAAAAGACCACAUAUAUUGCUCCAUACAGCACAAUGGUCCGCACUAAAGGAAUUUUACACGAGACAUGUACAAUCUACAUCCUAGCUCAAAUUUUUAUAUAUUUUUGUUAUUUAUACGAAUGAAAAAUAUAUAAACAUAAACAAAGACGCUGAUUUAUUUA